GUGCCUGGAGCGCUACCUGCGAGGUCCCAAGUUCGAGCAGCUGCAGCAAGCCAUCGCCAACAGCGAGCUCAAGCCCCCACACCUAACUCGCCGUCGGCAACAUCUCUGCCGCGAUUCCCACUCAAUCCGGAUGGUGAGUCAACAACCGAGAUGGACGUGGAUGUGGAGCCGGAGGGCGAGUCUCGCACCACCAUGGACUCGUUGGUUCUACACGAGCACGAGGCUCUGUCGAGGGCGAGCGACCUCGAGGACGUGCAACUGCUCAUCGAUGACGACUUCGAGGGUCCCCUCGAGCCGGCCGUCGAAUCCGCCAUACAGGCCAAGUGGAGCAAGAUUCUCGGGCCUGAUGUUGAGAUUGUCGUUGGCCAGCUGUGCAAGUUUGGCGAGGGCGGCGCCCUGGGCAUCAGCCUGGAGGGCACGGUGGACGUGGAGGACGGCCAGGAGGUGACGGCCGCACACUACAUCCGCUCCAUCCUGGCCGAGGGCCCCGUCGGUCAGAACAACAAACUAAGAUCGGGAGACGAACUGCUCGAGGUGAACGGACAUCGGCUGCUGGGUAUGAAUCACAUCGAAGUAGUCACCAUUCUCAAGGACCUGCCGAUGCACGUGCGUAUGGUGUGCGCGCGCAGGAAGGGUGACGCCCCCGGAUUCGGCCGUCUCAUUGACACAUCGCAGGAUCGCGCCGCCUUCGCUGCCAGAAAUCUUCUGGGUGGCAGUUUGCAAAACCUGAUCCCGGCAAUGGAGCGGCUGGUGAAGGCCAAAUCGGACGGCUCCCUUGCUUCAACGGCGACCGCCACUGUCACCACCGACCCGAGCCUCUCCAAGCUCAAGUCUCGCUCGCUGGAGCCGCUCACCGGCCUGGCCAUGUGGAGCUCGGAGCCGCACAUCAUCGAACUGCUCAAGGGCGAACGCGGCCUUGGCUUCUCCAUUCUCGACUACCAGGACCCGAUGAACGCGAGUGAGACGGUGAUAGUGAUCCGGUCCUUGGUGCCAGGCGGCGUGGCGCAGGUAGACGGCCGUCUGAUCCCAGGCGACCGCCUGCUCUCAGUGAACGACACGGCCCUGGACAACGCGUCCCUAGACCAGGCGGUGCAGGCGUUGAAAGGCGCCGCCAAGGGCGUCGUUCGGAUCGGUGUCGCCAAACCGUUGCCGAUUCCCGACUCGGUCAGCCACAGUCAGGAAUUCGUUGAGGGAUUGAGUCAAGCAACUCCAACUCUUGAUGAUCAUUCCAUGUACAGCUGUUCGGGGUCACUGCCCUCAGACAUUGAAGAUGAUGAGGAUAUUCCCCCCGCUCUUCCAACUACUCUACCUCCUAUUGAAGAUUUGAACACGGAUGACCAAUUGAGCAACGAUGAAUUGGUAAGUAUUGCAUUCAAAUGUUUGAAUUGCCAAGUAUGGUGAACGUUUUUUCUAGAGAAUUAU